CUUCUGGUAUCCUCAAGGCUGAGGUCAUGGCAUCUGAUGGAAUCGCCCAAGAUAUCGCAGUCUUCAAAAGAAAAACUGGCUUUAGUUAUGAGAAGUUUAGAUAUCAUGAGUUCUAUGGAUACCUUACCUUCACUGACCUCUGGGCACAGUACAGAAGGCUUAGAGUGAAAUUUCUGUUCAGCGUUGGUCUGGGAAGUAUCACAGCACGUGUGGGUGCCAACAAAGUUUUCGUUAAACUUACCCUUGACGAUGAUAGCAGUAAACUUUUUGGUUACAGAUUGGUGGAAUACUACAUAAAAGUUCACGUCAAGCAUGUAAAAGUUAGAGUCUAUAACAACCUUCCAGUGGUUGACUGGAUAUUCUCACAAAUUGUGAAUUAUGUUUCGAACCUUUAUGUCAAGCAAAUUUCAUUAAUGAUUGAAAAGAACUUGAAGGAUGCCAUCAAAAAAGUGUUUCGUAAAAAAUUGUAAUAGGACUUCAUCCCUCUUUCUUGAACAAAUUUGAUUAUGUUUUAUUCGCGUUUAUAUAUUGUUGAAACCGAAAAUACUAUCUAUUGACAGUUUUUAAUAAAUUU